AUGGCAAGACCUGAAGGAUUCGAGGGACUCGAAGGCGACGAGACAGACAGCAUGUGGAGCAUGGAAGCCGGCGGGGCGGACUGCGAUUGUCCCGGCCCGCCUCCGGAAUUUCUGUUACCGCCGCCGCCGCGGCCGCCCGUUCUGCAACCCGCCGAUCCGAUGUACUGCACCGAGGAUCCGCUACCUAUCGAAACCUGCGACGCUCUGCCGCUUAUCGACGCUAGUUACAGGAGCAGUCCAUCUUUCGAUACACCGGCUGUGAUAGUUUUGUGUUCCGCUCUUCUUUUAUUUCUCGUCGUUAUAGCAACUAUAUUAAUUUGGAAGCAUAAAAGAAAAGUACAAAAUUUCCUACCCUGUAAAAAUUCACCCCAAAACAACUGUGAUGUAAAUACGACGACUGCGAUUUACGAAGACCUGCACGACGUCAUUCCUAGGCCUACGCCCACGCACCACCAUCAUCCCCAGCUAGCUGGAAGGCAUAUAGUCGCUCCAUCAAUAGAGAUGAUAGACGUUAAGAACAACAUCCACUUCCCCAGCGGCUACCCCAUCUCGCAGCAUCCGCCCGUCUUCCUCUGCUCCUCGCCGGGCCCGGACCCCUAUUGCUCCCAAGACCUCUACAACCCCGUAUACGAAGAGCUCAGCGACGCCGAGAGCGAACUCACCGCCGCCCAGCACAGCGAAGACGAAUUCGCCGAGGACGAGCUCUCGCUGGCCGGCGAAAUGGAACGGAGGCGGCUGGACGUGCCGCCUCAGCUCUAUCGCACCGAACCGUGUCUGCGAAGGGACGUGCCGCGGUUCCGGAGGCAGCACGAGCCGCUGCCGCCGGUGCCGUGCAACAAGCGGCACCGGUCGUUCGACAAGCGCCGGCAGGAGUUCCACGAGGGCAUGCUGCUGGACGCGCUGCUGCAGCUGUACCCGCGCGUCGGUAGCGUGGAGCCGCCGCCGGCGCGGAUCCGCCAGAUACCGAGCAUCACGCAGAGGAUACAGUGCAUGGCGCCGGGGCCGUACGAGACGGUGCCGGUGAUCGGGCACCUGGCGACGUUCCGGCCGGUGCCGAAGCCGUACUCGCAGGAUUCGGCGCUCGGAUCGGACUCGGGCUACAGCAAUCACACGAGCACCAGGAGCUCGAACCGGGGCAGGAGGGACGCGAGGAGGCUGUCGCAGCUCAGCGCGGAGUUGGCGUUGACUUAG